GAAGCCAUGAAAGGAAGUACUCUCAAUGAAUUUGUCCACUUUCAAUGGUUUGCAUGUAAAGAAUUAUGCAUUGAUGAAUCAACAGUAAACACAAAACAGAUUUGAAUUGAACACCCUUUUUUGUGUUCUCCCAAACACUUCAAAAUGGCUAAUAUUGUACCAAAUGUGGAGGCCGCGGACACUAAAGAGAUCGAUAUGGCUAGCGUGUCAUCAUCUAAACGUUACAACCAAAACUCGGACUUAAAUGUGUAUCACAAAGUUGGUGUACCAUCUAAGCAAAAUUUGUUUAGAGAGUUCACUAAUACUGUCAAGGAAACUUUCUUUGCCGAUGAUCCUUUACGACAUUUUAAGCAUCAAUCUCGAUCGAGGAAGUUUAUUCUUGGUCUUCAAGCUGUGUUUCCUAUCCUAGAAUGGGGUAGAGGUUAUAAUCUUGCUAAGUUUAGAGGUGAUCUUAUUGCUGGUCUUACUAUUGCUAGUCUCUGUAUCCCUCAGGAUAUUGGGUAUUCAAAACUUGCAAACCUUGAUCCUCAAUAUGGUCUAUAUUCAAGCUUUGUUCCACCAUUAAUCUAUGCAUGUAUGGGUAGUUCAAGAGAUAUUGCCAUUGGACCUGUGGCUGUUGUUUCUCUUUUACUUGGGACUCUUAUUCAGAAUGAGGUUGAUCCUACAACUAAUCCUAUCGAGUAUCGAAGGCUUGCAUUCACUGCAACAUUCUUUGCUGGGAUCACUCAAAUGACCCUUGGAUUCUUCAGAUUAGGGUUCUUAAUUGACUUCCUAUCCCAUGCUGCUAUUGUUGGUUUCAUGGGUGGAGCUGCAAUUACAAUUGCCCUACAACAGCUUAAAGGAUUUCUUGGCAUCUCAACCAAAAAGUUUACAAAGAAGUCAGAUAUAAUAUCUGUCUUACAUUCAGUGUUUAAUACCAUGCAUCAUGGGUGGAACUGGCAGACUAUACUAAUUGGAGCUGUCUUUCUAGCCUUCCUACUUUUUGCAAAGCUUAUUGGAAAGAAAAACAAGAAAUUGUUUUGGGUACCAGCAAUCGCUCCAUUGGUUUCGGUCAUUCUCUCCACUCUUUUCGUGUUUAUAACUCGUGCUGAUAAGAAAGGAGUAGCAAUCGUGAAUCACUUGGAAAAAGGGCUUAACCCAUCAUCAGUUCAUCAACUAUAUUUAUCAGGAGAGAAUCUGCUUAGAGGUUUUAAAAUCGGAGCUGUGGCUGGCAUGAUCGCUCUAACCGAAGCGACAGCAAUAGGAAGAACAUUCGCGGCUAUGAAAGACUAUCAACUCGAUGGCAACAAAGAAAUGGUCGCUCUUGGGGCAAUGAAUGUUGUUGGAUCAAUGACAUCCUGUUAUGUCGCCACAGGAUCGUUUUCUCGAUCUGCAGUGAAUUAUGUAGCGGGCUGUCAAACAGCAGUCUCAAACAUUGUUAUGUCGUUCAUUGUAUUCGUAACGUUGUUAUUCAUCACUCCGCUCUUCAAGUACACACCAAAUGCCAUACUCGCGUCCAUUAUUAUAUCAGCCGUAAUCAACCUGAUCGAUUACGAGGCUGCUAUUCUCAUAUGGAAGAUCGACAAGUUCGAUUUCGUUGCUUGUAUGGGCGCUUUUUUUGGUGUGAUUUUCGCAUCUGUUGAGAUUGGCCUUCUGAUUGCUGUUGCUAUAUCAUUUGCAAAAAUCCUCCUGCAAGUAACUAGGCCAAGGACUGCUCUUUUAGGCAACCUUUCAGGCUCAUCUAUUUAUAGAAAUCUUCAGCAAUAUCCAGAAGCUGCUAAUGUUCCUGGAAUAUUGAUUAUCAGAGUGGAUUCAGCUAUCUAUUUCUCCAAUUCAAAUUACAUCAAGGAGAGGAUAUUGAGAUGGCUUGUUGAUGAAGAAGAGAAAAGAAAAAAACUAUACAGACCAAGAAUCCAGUUUCUAGUAGUCGAGAUGUCACCUGUGACUGAUAUUGAUACCAGUGGCAUACAUGCUUUAGAAGAGCUAUACAAAAGUUUACAAAAAAGAAAUGUUCAGCUUGCUUUGGCAAAUCCAGGGCCAUUGGUAAUUGAAAAGCUACAUGCAUCUGAUUUCACUACCUUAAUUGGGGAAGACAACAUUUAUCUUACAGUUGCUCAUGCUGUUCAUUCUUGUUCUCCUAAAGUCGUCGAAGAUGCUUGAUCGUCAAGUUCUGGAACAGUGUAACAUAAUUCGCCAGUUAAUUUGUCUUUUGAAUCACAAUUUGCUUAAAAUGGUUCCAAAAGCCCAAAAUCAAUCAUAAUUCGCUUUUUUAAUUCGUGAUUUAUUAGGAAAUUAGUAAAUCAUGUUACAUUGUUCGGGAAAUAUGCAAGUAUUUAUGAUGAGGUUGCUAAUACUAGAAUGUAUCAUGUAUGGCUUGUUUUGUAUGGUUAUAUGUAACAAGAAAUGAGUGAGUGUGUAGCAUAAUAAGGCUAAGCUUGGAAGCCGGGUAAGCCGGUGACUUAGAUGAGAUUCGAUCCGUGAUUUUAAAUAUUUUAGUAUAUGGCGUAUAAUUUUAUCGAUGAAACUAGUUGGCAUCCUCUUCAAUGGAAUAUAAAUUAAGCUAAGGAAA